GUAUCCAUGGCUGAACUAUGUAAGCCAACAUUUCCAAUCGGGGAAAUAAGCUCUGAAUUUGAAAAAGCACAAUCAGCGCAAGCAAUAAUCAAAGCAAGAAGGGAUCAACGUCGAUUGGCAAGAGAAUAUGCUAGGACUAAUCGUAUAUCAUUGGAAGAAGCUUUGAGAUUGAAUCUUAAUGAAAAUGAUCAAGAACAACUUGAUAAACAAGAAGAAAACAAAAAAGCAUUGAGUAAAUUUAUAAAUGAACAAGAUGUCGAACCAACACAAACCAAUAGAAUUCAACUUAAUAUUUUAGAUGGUAAAAUUAACUUUAAUGAAGAGUCUACUAUUGUCAAUAAGCAUGCUAACAUGCCAACAAGAAAUCACGAAAUCUAUGAAGAAAAUCCAUUUGAAAAUCCAAUAACUGCAGCAACUUAUUCCAAGUGGCGUUUUACCGAUAUCUGGACCCCAGAUGAGAUGGUUGCCUUUUAUAAUGCAUUAAGUACUUGGGGAACAGAUUUUACAUUUAUUGCUCAGUUAUUUCCUUACAGAACAAGAAAACAAAUUAAGGCGAAAUUCAUCAAUGAGGAAAAGAAGUACCCUGAAUUAGUAGAGUUGGCAUUAAAGAGAAAAUUACCUGUUGAUUUUGAAGCUUACUGUCGUGAAACUAAUAAAAAAUUCGAUACUUUAGAAACUUAUGAAGAAAAAUUGAAGGAAAUUAGAGAAGAACAUGAAAAACAUAUGGAAGAAAUCAAUCGUGAAAAGGAAAAUGCUAUGAAAGCAGAUUUAGAAGCAAGUAGAAGAAGAGAAAUCGAGAUCAGAACCGGUGCUAAGCCAAUGACUAGAAAGGAAAGAAUUGUGCAAUUACGUGCCAAUGAAACAGUCGUUGGUUCUAUUGAUGAUGUAAAGAAGAAGAAAGAGGUUGAA